GAUUGCUUCGUCGUCAGCCCUAUCCGUGCGGGGCGGGGACCUGGUCCACUUGUGAAGUGAAAAUGGAGAUUCUUUCUGUAGCAGAAGCAAUACAAUCCAAUGGUUCUGCUUAGGGCCAAUGUCGCAAUCGCGAACCAGGCCCAGGAAACUAGGCACCAACCAUUUGCAGUGACCGGAAGACUUCAACCUUUCCGAAAUAGUGAGGGUCAAUUUGCUCCGAACGACAACGAUCAUCCCUAGUCUAUAGUCUAUGGCGACAUCGGACUCUCUCCGACCCCAAUGACUCCAACUGCAAAAUUUGCGCCCGCGCUCUCAAAUCUGCCAUUUCACCCUCCUUGGUACAUUCACUGCAAGCAUUCCACUGCGCACACGAUUCUUUCAACCACCUGAGCCCCUGAAUCCAUAUCCGAUCCUCAUCAGACCCGAUUGUAAUCAAUGAGCGGAAAUCCGUCUUCGGGCGACCUGCCCGACCUCGAAGCCCACCAACCACCAGCGAAACCCUCUUUCUCAACAUGGUGGACCCAACCCGUGGACGUCAAGUAUACCGACCUCAUCUGCCUUCUGCUCUGUUUCACCACCGGGCUCUGCGAUAGCAGCGCCUACAAUGCGUGGUCCUGUUUCUUGGCGAUGCAGACCGGAAACACCAUUUUCCUCGGGCUAGGAGCCUCAGGCCAACCAACUAGCAAGCCCUGGGGCUGGUUGAAGUCGCUCUGUUCCAUCGCAUUCUUCUUCAUCGGCGCCUUUAUCCUCUCGAAUAUCACCCGCCGCGCCGGAGCCCGCAACCGCGGCACGCUCUUUCUGUCGUUCGUAUUCCAGUCCCUUCUGGUCAUUAUUGCCGUCGCCCUUAUCGAAGGCGACCUCAUUCCGCACACCUCGGACGAUGCUUCUCUGACCGGUGGGCCUCUCUUCCUGGAACUGAUCCCGAUUGCACUCUUGGCGUUCCAGUCCGCCGGCUCCAUCACUUCCAGCCGGGCACUGGGGUACAAUGAGAUCCCGACGGUGGUUUUGACCAGCGUGUAUUUCGAUGUCGCAUCAGACCCGAAACUGGCGGCCGUGCCAACGACCAACGCGAAGCGGAACCGUCGUAUCGGAGGUGUGGUGAUGUUGUUGAUUGGAGCUAUUGUCGGUGGAUGGCUGAGUCGGAGUAGUGGGGGAAUGCAGUCGGCCCUGUGGAUGGCUGCGGGGGUGAAAAUGGUGAUCGCGUUCACGUGGUUGGCGUGGAAGGCGGACGUUGCGCCUUCAAAGUGAUCGGUGACUAGUGAUGGGUAGUCAUAAUGAUGUGUUGGGGGUUUAAGAUGUUUAAUGAAGUUGGUAUAAGAGCUAAUAUGUGAUAGAGCAUGCAUUCGAGUAGACUAAUUUAGACCAUAGAUAAAUCUUCUUUUUGUAUUUUCUCGACCUGGUCAUGCAAAACUAACGUGUCAUCGGAUGCGCUGCGCCGGAUCUGCAAACUUAACUGUUGUUUAUGCAUAAUAGCACUGCCCCCUUGCAUCUAGCGAUAUGACUGAAGUACACAAUUACUCCAUCCUACUAGUAGCUGGAACUGCACAACCAUUUGAUUAUGGUUCCACUUACACAUACCAUAGAUCUUUCCAGCCACGUUUCCAGCUGAUUAUGGAUCUGUUUAGUUUGGUUACUUCGCAAUGUGCAGGGCAUAUUUCGAUCGAGGGAGAAAUAACCGCGGAGAAUUGGAGUCACUCGAGUUAUUACUUUUCAUUUAUACGUUUUUACUGGUUCAAACAUUACGCAGAAAAUGGGCUGAUAAGAU